AUGAUUGCCAAGAACAUUUUCGCCGUGGGCGCACUCGUGUCCAUGGCCGUCGCCAUCCCGAUGCAGCAGAACAAGCGUGACAUCGUUUGGGAGACUAAGAUCGAGGAGGAGGUUGUGACCGUCGAUGUCACCAAGACGGUCUGGCUCAACCCUGGCGAGACUCCUCCAGUUGCGCCAGUUGACGGUGCUGAAGCACCUGCCCCAUACGGACAUGGAGGACCCCACGGCAAGCACGGCCACGGCCACAACCCUCACAGCCCACACAAGCCAAAGACGACUUCGCAUAUCAAGUCCACCGUCACCGUGCCAGCCCCAUCUGAGCAGCCAACCGAGCCUGCGCCGGUGCCAUCUUCGCCAUCUUCGCCAUCUUCCUCAUCUUCGCCAUCUUCCUCAUCUUCGCCAUCUUCGCCAACCUCGCCAACCACGACGCACGUUGCGCCAACCCCAACGAGCACCUACGAGGCUCCCCCACCACCCCCAAGCACUCCAUCUCCACCACCGCCACCGCCAGCCUCCUCUCCAGCACCUAAGCCAUCCUCCAGCCCCAGCAAUGGUGGCGGCUCCGCACCAUCUGGUCAGACCUACGGCGGCGACGUGACCUACUACACCCCCGGCAUGGGCUCCUGCGGCGUCACCAACACCGACAGCGACGCCAUCGUCGCGCUCGCGGAGAACAUGAUGACGGCCAAGCUGCCUCCGAGCGGCAACCCGAACGAGAACCCGCUGUGCGGCAAGUCCAUCACCAUCAGCUACGGCGGCACGACCGCGACGGCCAAGAUCAUGGAUACCUGCCCGGGCUGCGCGGACGGUGGGCUGGACUUGACGCCGAGCUUGUUCCAGAAGUUUGCGCCGUUGAGUGAGGGGCGGUUGACGGGAAUGAAGUGGUGGUAUAACUAG